CAAAAACACAACGGUUAUCGAUGAUCAACCAUAAAAUCACCAUCGCUGCAAUUCCAAUACAGUGGGGCUGUUGUCGCGCCAACCCACGACCCUCUGUGACAUCAGCACUCCAUCUUCAUCCAUCGACCUCCAAAAAUGCCCAUCAAACAAAUCCAUCGCCAAAUAAUGUCAAAACCACGCCAACAUGCUUGAACAGCGUGUGGCUUCUUGGCUCGCCUCCCUCCCCGACGAAUACCCCUCAUCCGAAGCCCUCUCCAAAACCCCGAAGCGAAAGGCAGCGCUGCCCAGUCCGCCUACUUCAGACUCAAUGGAGGGAACAACUCCAAAGCGCCGUCGUCUCAUCGAUCCGGAUCGUACGCCGCGUGCUGCAAAUCUACCUCCUCCUUCAUCAACUGGUUCGUCUGCUUCGUGGUCUGAAUCCGGGGAGGGAUCGCGAUCGAGUUCGCCGAAGAAACAAAUGCUUAAGCUGAGGCUGGAAGAAAGAGGGCUUGAAUGCAGACAACUAAAUGUUGACACAGCGCCCCCGAUCAUUUCUAGUCUUCUGGAUACAAUUCAGGAAAUUGGAAGUAGGAUUGAGAUAUUGCCUGCUGAUAAGAAGAGUGCUAUUCUGGAGAGCCCAUUUUUGAGGGAGCAGAAUGCGCGCUUGUGGAGGUUUGCGUUCAAAGAAGAGGGUGACGAUACGCUACCGGGACGAGUUCCUCUACCAGAGGAAAUAGUUCAGAUAUGUAAUUAUGCGCGUCACUGUCAUGAUACGAACCAUGAAGAGGCGGCGUGGAAUAUGGAAGUGCAUCAUCGUCUGCUUGAGGCUAUCCUAAGAGAACCGGACGCUUCGACAGCCGCGUCUCUCAACUUUACUUCCUGCACCACCGCCCGCCCGCAUCGUCGCUUCGUACCCUACUCCUCGACAGCCAAAAUGAUCGACUUCUGCCUCUACCUCAAUCCCACCGACGCCUUCGCCCUCCAAGCCCUCGGCCGUCAAACACCAACCCUCACCGUAAACCACACCGACUUCGCGCCGCUACAACUAUCCCCUAUAGUUCUUAGCAUCGAGACUAAGCGUCCCGGAAAAGAACUCGACGCCGCGCAACUCCAGAUGGGAGUAUGGCACGCAGCGCAGUGGUCUUUCCUCCGCUCCGUUAUCGGGCUUACACCACAGCCUUUGACAGCGGAAGAAGAAAUACAGCGGAAUCGAAAGGCGAACGAGGUUUUGGGACAGUUGGGGUUUAUACCGGGGAUCAUAGUUCAGGGGCAUCGCUGGCUCUUUGUGUUUUCGACGUUGGAGGGGGAUAAGACUGUUCUUUGGACGGAGAGACAGUUUGGCACGACGCAGAGUAUUCUUGAUACGUAUGCUGUUGUCGCGGGGAUACGGGAGUUGGCUAGAUGGGCGAGAGAUGUUUACGUUCCUUGGUUUAGGGCGAAUGUUCUUGCUGGGUUUCAGUCUACCCAGGUUGGAUGAGCCUACAAGAAGACAGGUUGGGAUGAUGAGGGAUAGACUUCGCAAGCUUUUUGGACCUGACAAGGCAGAGAGAGUUUGCUGAGCCUGUUUCCAAUCAUCCCAGACCUGUCUCGGUGUUUUUACUAUCCAGACUCGGGGCGCGCUGAGAGCGGAACUCCGCAUCGCUCGUCGGCCCUCAACGUCUAUGGGCCAGCCUUCGCGACGAUUGUUCCGAUACUUGGUACUGCGAGACCUGGCCUACAAAGGCUCCGACAUCGAGGCAAGAUCAAUCGCAUGGGUUCCGACAACUCGCCACGUCGAUAGCCCGUCCGUCUUUUGAAGCCAUGUGAUGGGACGUCACUGAGAAUGAUCACAGACACCCAAUGUCCGUGACGUGUAUCCGCUGUUCGCCGACGCUCCGUCUACCAAUGUUGUCUGUGCAGACCGUCCAAGUCAUCGCAAAAUGUCGCCUUGCGCUAAUGUCCUUGUCUGAUCGCGACGACUCGAACCAAGCCAUGCCGCGUCCUCAUGCCACCGCCGACUUAUCGAUACUAGGGUGGGCGAGCAUCCUCUCUAAGGCGAUGGAAUGGCUGAUUUCGAAACGAAGGAUAAGCUUGCGAGUGGCAUCAAGUCUGGAGCCAAUGAGUACUCGGGGGAAAGUCUCCAUUACACGGCUCAGGCAAAGAUUGAGGUCUCUGUGAACCUGCAGAUCAGCCGAUCAGUUGUGGAUUGAGUUCACUGGCUGUGCGCUUUUUUGUGCCUGUCUCUCGAUAGCCACGAUCGGCACGCAAAGAGGGCCAGCUGCUCCUGUAGGACCAACAUUGGACAUGAUACACUGUGCAAGGCUGUCGCACCAGGACGGAGAGCAACAAUUCGAAGUCAAACAUAGUCUCAAUCAAUACAUACUUGACAGCUUGCAUAAAUUCGUAAUCAUUAUCCCGUGCUACGACACCAAC